AUGUUUAAACAUCAAGUGGAAACGGAGUGCGGGUCUCCAAGAUCGAGCGAUGCCGACUCACCGCGCCUGGUGGACCCAGGGAUUCAGGUGCCGUCUGUCCGCCCAGCGCCGACACCACCCACAGGUGACAGGUUCACGGUGGAAUGUCGGAUAGAUGAAGAAGAUGAUCAUGUCUAUCCGCUUCCACUGUCGGAAGACAAUCUGACGGGCAUCCACAUUCACCCGCAGGAUGAAGAAAUGGACGCGCAGGUGGGAAGAUUUCCUCCCCCAGCAGGACUCCAUCGACAGGCUCCAGAAGUGCGGCCAGCCAACCUGGAGCCCUAUUUCAGGUCCAAUGACCGGGGCUAUGAUGAUGGGAUCGAUGCCUAUAUCAUCACGGAUGAGUUCUUGAAGGAGAAUUUGCCGCCCCUGCUGGAGAAUGAGCUGGAGUUUUACAUCCAGGAUUGCCGCAAGUACAGGUGCGGGGAUUCUGUGAGAUCUGACCCCAAAACCGUGGGCAACUUUCGUUUCAGGUUAUUGAUCUUCCCAGGCGGCACCCAAUCCACGAAUGGGGCGCAGGUUUCCGCCUUCGUGGAAGCUCAUCCCUUGGAUGGGCUAGAUCCCAGGUGGUGCUUCCAUGGCGUGAAAUAUCAAAUCACCUUGGUGAAUUGGCUCAACUACAGCCAGAGCGUGACAAAGAAUGACACGUGGUCCUUCUCUAGAGACGGAAUCGAUCGCGGGUGGCACGAGAUGGUGCGAACGGCCGAGCUGACGCAAGACACCGGCUGGCUUGGGCCACAAAACACCUUGUACUUUCGUGCUUCAUGCUACGUGCGUUCCGCUGACCAACUGAAUCUGACCAACGAGUACAACUGCAAGAAGGAGACUGGCUACACGGGUUUGAAGAACCAUGGAGCUACCUGCUACAUGAACGGCUUGCUUCAGAGCUUGUUCCACUUGGGUGACUUCCGACGGAUUGUGUACGCGAUCGAGGGUGAAGAGGAUCAGGAUGACGGCGAUGAGACCAAGUCGCCGCAACUGAUCCAGGCCCUACAGAAUGUGUUCUACAAGCUCCAAACUUCUGACCAGGCUGUGAAUUGCAGAGAAUUGAUGAAGUCCUUCGGGUGGGACACCACCGAUGCCUUCACGCAGCAUGAUGCGCAGGAACUCAAUCGGAUUCUCUGCGACAGAGUGGAGGAGCGUAUGAAGGGCACCCCUUCGGACGGGUCCAUCAAGAGACUGUUUGAAGGUGAGAUGGAAAAUUACAUCGAGUGCAUUGAUGUGGACUAUUCGUCCAGGAGGAACGAAACCUUCUAUGAUGUUCAGCUGAACAUCAAGAGCGAAAGAGGUCAGGAGAUGCAAAACAUCUACGAAUCGCUGCACGAUUUCACCUCGGAGGAGACCUUGGAGGGUGACAAUGCCUACGAAGCGGAAGGGCAUGGAAAGCAGCGCGCGAAGAAGGGGAUCCGCUUCCUGAGGUUUCCUCCCCUGCUGAAUUUGCAGUUGAAGCGUUUUCACUUUGACCUCGAAAAGAUGGACAUGGUGAAGCUGAACUCGCGGUUCGAAUUUCCCCGGAAAUUGGAUCUGAGCCCCUUCGCUCCGGAUGCAGGCAAGUAUGAUCUUUUUGCUGUGGUGGUCCACAACGGUGACGUGAACAGUGGGCACUACUAUGCUCACAUUCAGCCCGACCCGGACAGAGGGUGGUUUAAGUUUGAUGAUGAGACGGUCACGCCUUGCAGUGAAUAUGCUGCGAUUGAGGACAACUAUGGAGGCAGCGAUUUGCCAGUCUGGAACUACUUCGAUCGCAGCCCCACAGAGCUGCGCAACGGCCACGCCCAGCCGCGCAGCACGCCCUCGCGCAGCCACAACGCGUACAUGCUGAUGUACAUCCGGGAGGAUGCGCGAAGCGAAAUUUUGAGGCAGCCUGAUCCAAAGGAGGUCAAUCCCAGGAUGGUGGAUCGCUGUGAUCGAGACGUCAGAUUGGCCGAGCAAAGGCGCCGAGAAAAGGUGGAACAACAAACGAAGAUCAAGAUCAAACUGGUGCACGAGCGACACCUCACCACCAUGACUGGCUUCUGGGAUCACGGCCUUAUUCCGUUCGAGAAGGUCUACAAAAUGGGCCGCGAACAGCUGCUCAGGGACUUUGUGGAAGAACUCAGCGUGGAGUAUGAUGUGGAUAUGUAUCGGACAUCGCCGAGGCAGAUCCGAUUCGGACACAUGCAGCCCAACAGCCUCUUCAAGCUGGGAGCCCAGAACCACAUCCCGCAGUACGGCGGUGCGCCGCACUUCGAUCUCUCGGAUCCGAGCCUGACGGUGCUGAUGGUCCUGUCGAGGGGCUACAGCAUCCAGACCUUGCGCUGGGACCGCGAGGAUCCGGUGGAUCUGUACGGCAGCCACAAGAUAGGUUGA